AUGGCUUCUCUCGCGGCGGCGGCUCCCGCCUCCCUGGGCGUGUCGGAGAUGCUGGGUAGCCCCCUCAAAUUCGCCGGUUCCUCGCGCUCGGCCCCCGCCCCUUCCGGCGGCGCGGCCACCAAGGUCGUCGCCCUCUUCCCCAAGAAGAAGUUCGCCCCGGCGAAGGCCAAGCCCCCCCCCGCGAACGACGAGCUCGCCAAGUGGUACGGCCCUGACCGGAGGAUCUUCCUGCCGGAAGGCCUGCUGGACAGGUCCGAGGUGCCCGCCUACCUCAACGGAGAGGUCCCCGGAGAGUAAGUUCCUGAUUUCUUUCUCCGGGUUUGUAGUUCCUGGUAGAUGAUCGAUCUUCUGAUCUUCUUGUUCUUCCCCGCCGUGCAGCUACGGGUACGAUCCCUUCGGUCUGAGCAAGAAGCCGGAGGACUUCGCCAAGUAGGUAGACCUUCCCCAACCUCCGUUAAUGGCGGAGGCUGUUCCGUUACCUCCCCUCCUCGUUCUUAACCCCCCGGUCACCGUCUCGUCCAGAUACCAGGCAUACGAGCUCAUCCACGCGCGGUGGGCGAUGCUCGGCGCCGCCGGGUUCAUCAUCCCCGAGGCCUUCAACAAAUUCGGCGCCAACUGCGGCCCCGAGGCUGUCUGGUUCAAGGUAGGUGCCCACAAAAUGCUCGCAUCUCCCCGCCGAGGUUGCUCAAUUUUUCGAGGCUGAAUCACCAUUUUCUUUCUCUCACACACAGACCGGCGCGCUCCUGCUCGACGGGAACACGCUGAACUACUUCGGGAAGAACAUCCCCAUCAACCUCAUCGUCGCCGUCGCGGCCGAAAUCGUCCUGGUCGGCGGGGCUGAGUACUACAGAAUCAUCAACGGACUGGUAAGAACUUCAGAAUAUCCUUCGACGACGGAGGAGCUUGCUCCUGAGCGUAGAACAUGGUCAUGACGUGAUGGAUGCCAUUCUCGCCGUGAUUUUCUUCAGGAUUUGGAGGACAAGCUGCACCCCGGUGGCCCAUUCGACCCGCUGGGGCUGGCGAACGACCCGGACCAAGCGGCGCUGCUGAAGGUGAAGGAGAUCAAGAAUGGACGGCUGGCCAUGUUCGCCAUGCUGGGCUUCUUCCUGCAGGCCUACGUCACCGGUGAGGGCCCCGUAGAGAACCUCGCCAAGCACCUCAGCGAUCCCUUCGGCAACAACCUGCUCACCGUGAUCUCUGGCUCCGCCGAGAGAGUCCCCACCCUGUAG